CGUUUUUUUAUGUCACGAUCAGACGCCUGAUGUCACGCCGGCUAUUACAAUGUUCGUUGCUAAUACGAAUUACCUAACUUAAGCCCCCUUUGCCUUCUCUCUUGCUUAUGAUGGAAGAAGGAUUCCGAUCUCAGCUAAUCCGUCGUGUUACACAGCAAACUAUUUGAUAUCAUCUACAUAUGAAGCUCGGACCGGUAAUUCGUUGGCUUUCAGGGGCUAGGUAAUCCUUUGCAAUUUGCGCCAUAAGCCUACCGGGGCUAGGUAUUCGCGGGAAUCACUUCCAGAUUGCUAGGUAUUUGCUCCCCAGGAAAAUGCAAGCCAUGGUUCUAUUACGGUGGCUUGGUUGCCUUGAGUGGUUCCAAAUAAUAGGCAAUUGACCACCCAGACUGGUAUCUGUCGACUGAAAUAGGACUUGCCAAGAAAAUAUAUAAACCCCAGCACCUCAUCGACGGAUGGGAAAGAUGCAAUACAACACAAGCCAAGCUUUCAGACAACUACCGGCAUCAUUACUACCUUGACUCCCAGACUCCACUUGUCCUAUUAUUAUAUCCAACCAAGCAAUUCAUAAUGCAGUUUAUUGUCCACGUUGCCCUUGCCGGCGCCGCCUUACUUAACGGCGCCAACGCUGCUCCCGCCGAGCCAACUACACUACCGGGUCACAUAGUAUGCACCAGUGUCACGACUAUUACAACCACAGUUCCUCCUGUCGGAGUCUGCCACCCUGUGUGUAUCUCGCCAACUAGGACCUGUAGCUUCGGCGAGCCUACCGCUCCUCCUCUACCUACCAUCACGACCAGCACCCUCCCCCACUGCACAAAGGAGGUAGUGAUACACGGACAAUGCGGCGAGUGCGCUACUUGCCUUUCUGCCCCGACCCCUACCCCUUUGGCCUAAGGUUACAACCUAUGCGGAUGGCGCGUAGUUCUUUAGGAGCUUUCAAAAAAAAAAAGGCAUUGUACGAAAGUUAUGGCUAGUUAUAAGAGAUGGUUUUUUUAGGCAGGAUUUGGAAGGAGCAGAGCUUGGGCUUCACAGCAUAGGAUGGAUAGGAUAGGAAGAAAGUUAGGAAAAAGACUCACCUUUCGUCCCUUAACUAGGUAGUUAAUUCACUCCUUUAUUACUUCUCA